GCCGGACUACUCAUUCUGCGCACCCAUCUAUUGGCACGUAUCGUGUAGUGGCCAAUUCUUUCCCCUUUUCCUUUCAGAGCACGUUGUCUGUCUAUAGCCGCUGAGCUCUUUGCUGGUUGGGGACCCAGUGACAUCUGUGUGUGCCGCCGCCAUGACUAAGGAGGAGGCCAAAGGUUUUUGCAGUGCGGCCAGCGAGGAGCAGGCUCAGUCCAAGAAAGCUCUCAAGAAACAACAGAAGGAAGCUGAAAAGGCUGCUAAGAAAGCUGAGAAACAGGCCAAAUUGGCAUCUGAACAACAUGCAGAAGAGGAAGAGGAUUUUGCUGAAGAGAGAUAUGGCGUCCCUUCAAUGAUCCAGUCUCAAGACAAACCAGAUCGGGUGCUAGUGCGGGUGAAGGACCUCACUGUACAGAUAGCCGAUGAAACAGUCUGGGUCCGUGCCAGGGUUCACACAAGCAGGGCAAAAGGAAAGCAGUGUUUCUUGGUUCUGCGUCAGCAGCAGUUCAAUGUGCAAGCUCUGGUGGCGGUUGGAGAGCGCGCAAGCAAGCAGAUGGUGAAAUUUGCUGCCAACAUCACAAAAGAGAGCAUUGUUGACGUGGAAGGAGUCGUGCGCAAGGUAGAUCAGAAGAUCGAGAGCUGUACCCAGCAAGAUGUGGAGCUUCAUAUUGAGAGAAUCUAUGUGAUCAGUGCCGCUGAGCCUCGCUUGCCCCUCCAGCUUGAAGAUGCCGUGCGCCCUGAAACGGAAGGAGAAGAGGAAGGAAGAGCGACUGUAAACCAGGAUACCAGACUGGACAAUAGAGUCAUUGAUUUAAGAACUUCCACCAGCCACUCCGUGUUCGGUCUCCAGUCUGGGAUCUGUCAGCUCUUCAGAGAGACCCUUACUAAGAAAGGCUUUGUGGAGAUCCAGACCCCAAAAAUCAUCUCUGCUGCCAGUGAAGGAGGCGCCAAUGUUUUCACUGUUUCCUACUUUAAAACCAGCGCCUACCUGGCACAGUCACCCCAGCUGUACAAGCAGAUGUGCAUUUGUGCUGACUUUGAGAAAGUCUUCUGCAUUGGGCCAGUAUUCCGUGCUGAAGACUCAAACACCCAUCGGCACCUGACCGAGUUUGUUGGUCUGGAUAUAGAAAUGGCAUUUAAUUAUCACUACCAUGAGGUCGUGGAUGAGAUCGCAGACACCAUGGUCCAGAUUUUCAAAGGGCUACAAGAAAGGUUCCAGACAGAGAUUCAGACAGUGUGCAAACAGUUCCCAUGUGAGCCAUUCAAAUUCCUUGAGCCGACCCUGCGUCUGGAGUACACUGAAGGUGUUGCCAUGCUGCGGGAAGCAGGUGUGGAGAUGGGAGAUGAAGAAGAUCUCAGCACGCCAAAUGAGAAGCUUCUGGGGCGCCUGGUGAAAGAGAAGUAUGACACUGAUUUCUACAUCCUGGAUAAGUACCCGCUGGCUGUCCGACCCUUCUACACCAUGCCCGAUCCACAGAACCCUAAAUACUCCAACUCAUAUGAUAUGUUUAUGAGAGGAGAGGAGAUCUUGUCGGGAGCCCAGAGAGUCCAUGAUCCUCAGCUGCUCACUGAAAGGGCCACACACCAUGGGAUUGACUUGGAAAAAAUUAAGGCUUAUAUAGACUCUUUCCGUUUUGGAGCUCCUCCUCACGCCGGCGGUGGCAUAGGUUUGGAACGCGUAACCAUGCUGUACUUGGGACUGCACAAUGUCCGUCAGACGUCCAUGUUCCCUCGUGACCCUAAGAGACUGACCCCAUAAGAGUCCUUCGGGCCAUGUUAAAAGUCGGAUGCUACCAGCCAGCACUUGAAAAAGAAAUAUGCACUCUCCAUUGCCUUAUAGUGCCACACAACUAAGGACACUGUAUUGUCUCAUAACAUCACCCCUAGCAGCAGAGUUGAACCUGUUUCCACAUUAAAUCUAAUGAUAGUUUUUUUUAUAAAGUGGCAUUUAAUAGGUUACAUUUGUAAUCCCUGUUUUACAGUUUGGCUGCCAUUUAAUAACAAUGAUAACACUGUGAUUGACUAAGUGGAAGCAAAGAAUGCUGGGAGAGUGUGUCCUGGUGUAGUAAGGUACUAAAUAAAGGUUAGUCUUCUACUAUA